UAGUCAUCUGAUUUGGCAGCCCCCCCCCCCGUGAAAAAUCUGAAGAUGAACAAGCACAUUAAUCCAUGAGCUUUCCUUCCUUCCUGGAGGUGGUGGAAGAGGAAAAGGAGGAAGGUGAGGCCAACUUGAGGCUAGAGAUGUCACCAUCAGGUGCACUGAUUCUGCUGCUUGCUCUAAACACAUGGCUUGUUAACGGUCAGUCACUGCCUGGAAAGCCUACAGUAAGGAGUUGCCGAACUUCAGGAAAUGAAACAUUUACUUGCUGGUGGAAAGCUGACUCAGAUGGUGGACUUCCUACAAAUUACACUCUGCUGUACAGCACAGAAGGAGGAAAGCAUGCCUUUGAAUGUCCAGACUAUACAACCGGGGGCCCCAGUUCAUGUUAUUUUGAUAAGAGCGUCACCAGACUUUGGAAAACGUACAAUAUCACAGUGAAGGCUACCAAUGGCAUGGGAAGUAAUGUCUCCGACCCUCAUUAUGUGGAUCUUCAAACCCUAGCUAAGGUCGGCCCUCCCACAGACCUGUCUCUGGAAGUCAAACAGCUGAAAGAGAGAACGUAUGUGUGGGCAAAAUGGUGGCCGCCUCGAUCGGUUGAUGAUGGAACAAGACAGCAAAUAUGCAACUAUGAAUUGCGAUUGAGACCUACAGGAGAGAAAGAAUGGGAGACUCGUUUUGUUGGAGAGCAAACACAGUAUGAAAUAUCCCAGCUGCACCCAGCAGUGAAAUAUACUUUUCAGGUUCGCUGUAUAACAGAACAUAGUGAAAGGAGUGAAUGGAGCCCGGAAACUUACCUUCAGCUCCACAGUGGCCAACCUCCUGGGAAACCAGAGUUAAUAAGAUGUCGCUCACCUGAGAAAGAAACCUUUACUUGCUGGUGGAAGCCCAGUUCCGAUGGAGGUCUGCCGAGCAAUUACACUCUGUUCUAUAACAAGGAAGGAGACAAGGCAUACUAUGAAUGCCCGGACUACACAACAGCGGGACCCAACUCCUGUCAUUUUGAUAAAAAACAUACUUCGCUUUGGAUGACAUACAACUUUACCAUAACAGAGACUAAUGAGAUGGGGAGUAUUUCAUCUCAGCCAUAUUAUGUGGAUGUGGCUAAUAUAGUUCAGCCAGACCCUCCCGAAAACCUCUCCCUGGAAUUUGAGAAAAAAGUCUAUGGAAAAUAUCUGUUAUUGAACUGGUCUCCACCUUCUCUGGGUGACAUCAGAUCUGGUUGGCUAACCCUCGAAUAUGAGUUACAUAUCAAGCCUGAAGGGGGACAAGAAUGGGAGAAAAUAUUUGUUGGUCAGAGAACAACAUAUAAGAUGUUCAGUGUAAAUCCAGGAGAAAGGUAUGUUGCAAAAGUUCGCUGCAGAUCAGAUCAUGGAACGUGGAGCGACUGGAGCCCUGAAAGUUUUAUAAAGCUCCGAAAAGAGUUCAGACUAAAGGAUAUGCUUGUUUGGAUCUUCGUGGCUUUUUUAUCAUUUGUCGUAUGUUUGAUCAUGAUCUGGACCCUGGCUUUGAAAAAAAUUAACAUGGUGGCUUGCCUUCUACCACCAGUCCCAGGACCAAAGAUAAAAGGCUUUGAUGCCCAGCUACUAGAAGCAGGGAAAACGGAAGAACUGCUGAGUGCUCUUGGCUGCCAGGGAUUUCCUCCAACACCGGGCUAUGAGGACCUGCUGGUAGAAUUUUUGGAGAUAGAUGACAGCGAAGACCAGCAGCUAAUGCCAAGCACCGAAAAGAGCCACCCCAAUAAAAAUGUGAAGCUGGCGCACCAGGAAACAGACAGCGACUCGGGAAGAGGAAGCUGCGAGAGCCCUUCUCUGUUGACAGAGAAGCGCAAGGAAGCCCAAAAUCCGCUCUUGGAAUUGAAAACACCAGAUACCUAUGGGGUGCAAAACGCUCAUAGGAACAGCAUGCAGGAGUCACCAAAGGGGGGCGCUGAAGGUCAGCUCCCCUGGAUUAACAGUGGUGAACCUAGGCCAUCCACGUGGUGCGGAGGUCAGCUCCCUAGCUGUCAGACUUCUAAAUGUUCCUACCAUGACACAGUGGAUGUAUGUAAAAGGGCAGUCAGUGCCAUGAAUAUAAACAGGAAGGGGAGCGAGGAAGGAAAGGGUUGUUCACAAUAUCCUGAACUCAUUGAGACUCUUGGCAAAAGAAAACCAGCCAAAUUGGAGAAAGCAGCGGAUCUACUCUCAAAUGCACAGCACGGCCAAGCAGGGUUGUGGCUACUCCCACCAGAAAGGCCGCCAUUCUCAUCUACAAAACCCGCAGAUUACGUGGAAGUUCACAAAGUCAACCACGAUGGAGCUCUGGCUGUACUACCAAAGCAGAAAGAAACUGUAGGCAAAAAGGAAAUGCCUUUUGUCCCUGGGGAUACGAAUGAAUACACAAAGGUUUCAACAGUCGUGUCCAACCAUAUUUUGGUGUUGUUCCCAGAUCCCAAAGCGGAGGCUUUGCCAUCCUUUCAGGAGCCACUGAAAGAGCUCGCCCAGAGUUGUCAGCAGAGCCAAGCGGAGUUAAAUUUCAGCUAUUGUCUCACAGGUCCAAGCACCUGCAAAGUACAGACUGGUGGGCUAGACUACAUGGAUCCAAAUAAUUUUAUGUGCCCCUUUAACUGAAAGGUUAGCCAUCCUUCUACAGGUAACAACACUACAAGUAAAAUAAACAGUGUUGGCACAAAACUGCUCACAUGUCUGGUUUAGCUCAGUUGUAGCUCAUGCCUUCUUUCGCUUUAUAGCCAAUCGCUUAAGAACAUGCUGGUUGCAGAUCAAUUUUUUCCCCUACCUGUGAUUUUUAGUUCUUUUUGUGAAGAGGGAUUUACAGAAAAGUAAAAGUUUGUGGCAUCGUUUUGAAAACGCAAGCAUCCAUUUCUGGUAAUACAUUCCAAAAAAACAAGGAGGGAUUGGUGUGUUGAUGUUACAAAAGCAACCCUGAGAUUAUCACCAAAUGAUGCUGGUUAAGAGACGCAGGCUGAGCUUAUAAAAUAUUGUCCAAAAAAUUAUAUUGGUAAUCAGACUCUUGAACAACACUGGUAGUGUCCAACCUGUUUUUGGCAACUGUGCGUCACACAGUGCAAGUACAAUAUAUGAGACGGUGUCUGCUGCAGUGUGUGGACUACAGUGUGAACAACCCAUCAUACCUAAUUUGUGUACAGGUCCUCGAGUUUGAGCCAUUGUGCACAUCUCAGGGACUGGCAGGACGCUGAUGAGUGUGCUUCGGGGGAGUGAGGCUGGAGUCUGGCUCAGGAGAGAGGGCCAGUGAUUUGUGGGGAACUGUACUGGACAGAAGGCAAGAGUUGGAGGCAGGGGAAGCUUCAGGUGGAGCACAGGAUGGGUUGGAGAGGAGGAAGAGGCAGGUCAGGCAAGUGAGAGGCCAGGUGCUUCCCCACCACUGUCUCCCAGACCCAGGAGGGGACUGAAGAGGGAUGAGCAGAGGAUAGGCAUAGUCUAUGGCUGCAUGCAUGCAGCGUUUUGGGGAAAAGUACAUAAACUGGUGGAGGUGGAGUGGUCCCCUGUUGCUGCAACUUCUUCUUAGAGCCAGCAUGGUGUAGUGGUUAAGAGCGGUGGAC